AUGCGCACGCGCGCCAAUGAAACACGCAUAAACGCCUUUCCCGACACCGAGCCGUCCCCUGUUUCUCCAUUCUCUCUCCCCAACUCCCCACCCCCCGGCAUCUAUGGACCAUGGGGAAUCUCUCCUCUUCCCCCAAGUUUUUCCCAAGGUCCCAACGUCGUCAUCGCGUCCGGUCCGGCAACCAUACCCCGGACUUUGUGUCUUUUCUUCCUCAUUGCUGUUGGAACGUCGAUCCAACCCACCAAUCCAAGAAGGAACUUUUGGCCCGUUGUCCUAGCCGGCCCUGUUCCUGAAAGCUACCCAAGCACCAAACGUAGCCAACCACGCGCCAAUUGUACCCCGCUCGUCCCAUUGGAGAGGGUAUCAUCGCCGCCAUUCUCGACCUCGCCGUCGGCCCAGCCUCGCCCUGCCCUGCUGCUUGUCCGGAGCUGGCUCCCCUGCACCUCACCUCAAUUCAUGAGCAAUUGGAUUACCUAG